UCCCUCCAUUGCCACUCACUCUUAGCCUUCUUCCCUUUCCUCUGUUUCUCUGAAUCACACUGAACCUUACACUGUGCUGUAAAUGGCGGUAACAGAGUUAUCAACUUCAUGUACCGAAACGGCAAUCUGUUUUCGCUCUUCACAGCUCUCACUCUCGUCAUCAUCUUCUUCUUCACGUUUCUCUCAUCAUUUUCGUCGUUCUUUUCGCCCGCCUUUACCCAAAACCAGGAGUCCUACAAUUUCAUGCUCUGUUACAUCAGAUCAAGUUCAAACCCAGACACCAGUACAAGCUGAGAGUCCCAAGGGAAAGAGUGAGUGUUAUGGUGUCUUCUGCCUCACCUAUGAUCUCCAAGCUGAAGAGGAGACAAAAUUAUGGAAGAAAUUAAUUAACAUAGCUGUUUCUGGUGCUGCCGGGAUGAUCUCUAACCAUCUUCUUUUCAAAAUUGCAUCUGGUGAAGUCUUUGGACCUGAUCAGCCUGUCGCUCUGAAACUAUUGGGAUCGGAAAGAUCAGUACAGGCUCUUGAAGGAGUGGCCAUGGAACUUGAAGAUUCUUUGUUUCCUUUAUUGAGAGAGGUUAGUAUCGGAAUAGAUCCAUAUGAAGUGUUCCAGGAUGCUGAAUGGGCUCUUCUGAUUGGGGCGAAGCCGCGAGGGCCUGGAAUGGAACGAGCCGACUUGUUGGACAUCAAUGGGCAGAUAUUUGCUGAACAGGGAAAAGCUCUCAAUGCGUGUGCGUCUCCUAAUGUGAAGGUGAUAGUAGUGGGCAAUCCCUGCAAUACCAAUGCCUUAAUUUGUAUGAAAAAUGCUCCGAAUAUACCUGCAAAGAAUUUUCAUGCACUGACUAGGUUGGAUGAAAAUAGAGCGAAAUGCCAGCUUGCCCUAAAAGCAGGUGUGUUCUACGAUCAAGUGUCGAACAUGACCAUCUGGGGAAAUCACUCAACAACACAGGUUCCGGACUUCCUAAAUGCCAGAAUCAAGGGCUUACCUGUCAAGGAGGUCAUCAAGGAUCACAAAUGGUUAGAAGAGGAGUUUACUGAGAAGGUCCAAAAGAGAGGUGGUGUUUUAAUUCAGAAAUGGGGAAGAUCUUCAGCAGCAUCUACUGCUGUGUCAAUAGUUGAUGGCAUCAAGUCUCUAAUUAUUCCGACACCAGAGGGGGAUUGGUUUUCUUCUGGUGUUUAUACCAAUGGCAAUUCGUAUGGUAUAGCGGAGGAUAUUGUUUUCAGCAUGCCAUGCAGAUCAAAAGGAGAUGGUGAUUAUGAACUCGUCAAGGAAGUGAUCUUCGAUGACUAUUUGGUCAAGCGAAUUAAAAAGUCGGAAGCAGAAUUGCUAGCUGAAAAACGAUGUGUGGCUCACCUUACAGGGGAGGGUAUUGGAUUCUGUGAUCUACCUGGAGAUACAAUGCUUCCUGGAGAAAUGUAAAACAGGUUCAGUGUUUUCUUCCACUUAUUUGUCAUCAAAAUCAGCUUUUGGGGCAAAAGAAAGAAGAGAAAUGAAAGUUAUACACGUAGACUAAAUUACUUGUUGUAUGAGUAUGGAUUGCAGGUGUUAAAUUAGUAGU